AUGAGUUACCAGAACCUCGGCGACCAAGGCGGCUACGGCCAGUACAACCCGUAUGGCGGCCAGCCGUCCCAGCAGCAGAACCCCUACGCCCAACAGCAGCAGCAGCCGCAGCAGCAGAGCUACGGAUAUGGCGGUGGUUACGGCCAGGCCGGAGCUAUGGAGCAGGGAACCAGCGGCGGAUAUGAAAUGGCCAACAUCAACCAACCCUCCGCUGGCCCAACCGGAAUCCUCAACAAAUGCAAAGAAAUCAACGACGGCGUGGCAGAGCUGAGCGCCAAGCGCCAGAACCAGCUCGGCGCCGCCCAGAACGCCCUCCUGGACUCGAGCACCGGCAAGGAAGACCAGGCUGCGCGCCAGACGCUCGACUAUGUCGAGGAUGAGAUGAACACUGCCCUGCGCUACCUGCGCGACCAGUUCAAGCGCAUCAAGGAGACUCCCGGGUCCGGCGACCCGCGCGUCCAGGGCCAGGUUGAGAACGUUAGCCGGAACCUGCGCCGUGAGAUCGAGCAGUAUCAGCGCUCGCAGUCGGACUUCCAGAAGAGGCUGCGCGAGCAGGUCCGUCGGCGGUAUGAGAUUGCCAAUCCAGACGCAACCCCCGAGGAGCUGGAGCAGGGGGUGGAGAAUGUGUUGAUGGGCCAGGAGCAGAGCUUCGCUAUUUCCGGCGCCCGGUCGCGUCAAGCGCAGGAUGCCAAAGCAGCCACUCUGCAGCGCUCGGCGGCCAUCCGUAAGAUUGAGCAGGACAUGGUCGAGCUCAGCCGGCUGUACCAGGAGGUGGCUGAGCUGGUGCACCAGCAAGAACCGCAGGUCGAGCAGAUCAACCAGAGCGCGCAGGAUACACACGCCAAUGUCGAGCAGGCCAAUACCAAGCUCGACAGUGCCAUCACAAGCGCCCGCAAUGCCCGGCGGUGGAAGUGGUAUGCCCUACUGACCAUCAUCAUCAUCAUCAUCAUCAUUGUGGUGAUUGUUGUUGUUGUGAAAGAGGUCAGUUAA